GUGGGGGUCGGCCCUGGCCGCGCGCGGAGGGAGGCGGGGACUAGGGCGGCGCAGCCAAUAGGGCGGGCCCGACCCUGACCCAGGGCCCAAUGGCGUCGCAGCGCGGGCUCCCAUUUGAGAGGACCUGAGGCGGCUGGCGCCUCGCGGCUGAGGAGAGAAAGCGGCGAGGCGAGCUGAGGGAAAACGAGCUGAGGCGAGGGCUUGGCUUGGCUUGGCCUGGCCUGGCCGGCCAUGGCGAGCAGGAGGGACGGGCCGGUUGCAACUGAGGUGAAGAAUGGCCUGCAUUCUGAUCCUUGGAAAGCUAGCAGCCAACUAAUGGGCCCAAGGAGCCCUUUGGAAGAAAUCGGCAACAAGAUAAGGAGCAGAAGGCCCAAAGCAGGCAAGGACCCCUUCCUGACCUCUGUGGACCUAUCAAUGGAGGUGGACCUCUGCCAGGCUUUCUCCGAGAUGCUGCAGAGCAACAUAGAGGACUUGGAUGCAGAGGACUGGGCAGAUCCUCAGCUGUGCAGCGACUAUGUGAAGGACAUCUAUCGGUACCUGAGGCAGCUGGAGGUGCAGCAGCGUGUGUCGCCCCUCUACCUUGAGGGCACGGAGCUCAAUGGGCGAAUGCGUGCCAUCCUUGUGGACUGGCUGGUCGAAGUCCAUGCAAGAUUCCAGCUCCUGCAGGAGACGCUGUACAUGUGCGUCGCCAUCAUGGAUCGCUACUUGCAGGCUCAGCCUGUUUCUCGCAAGGAACUGCAGCUGGUUGGUGUCACUGCAAUGCUUUUGGCUGCCAAAUACGAAGAGAUUUAUGCGCCAAGUAUUUUGGACUUUGUCUACAUGACUGACAGAGCAUACAAGGCUGCCCAGAUUCGGGUGAUGGAGCAAAAUAUUCUGAGAAAGCUUAACUUUGACCUGGGCCGGCCACUACCGCUCCACUUCCUGAGAAGAGCAGCCAAAGUGGCUGAUCCGUCUGUUGAAUCGUACCUGCUAGCAAAGUACCUGAUGGAGCUUACCCUCGUGGACUAUGAGAUGGUGCAUUAUAAUCCUUCAGAGAUUGCUGCUGCAGCACUCUGCCUGUCUCAGAAAGUCUUGUCCGAGAGCCAGUGGAACAUAAAGCUGUGCUAUUACACAGGUUAUGAGGAGCAGCCUCUGAGCCCAGUCAUGGAGCACAUGGCCAAGAACGUUGUGAAAGUGAACAAGAAUCUAACAAAACACGUGGCAGUGAAGAAGAAGUACUCUAGUAGCAAAUUCCUGAGGAUCAGCACCCUCCCUCAGCUCAACUCCUCCACCAUCAAGGACCUUGCAGCACCCCUGCUGGAUGAGUCCCAGUAGCCGGCGUGAGUGCCAGCCAAAGCCUUCUGUGUGGUGAUGCCCCCAUUGGAGGCCUUUUAAAGAUGCAGGCAAGAAUUUUUCUUAAACCAAUCCUCUAUAUGCUAUAUAUUUAAUAAAGGUGUGGUAGAGCAUG